AUCAAAGUAUUAUCAUUAUCACUUAUCAGUUGUGAGUGUCGUGUGUUGGGUAGAGUUGAUGCGAAGAAUAUGAGAUGAGCGGCCCAAGCACAGCUGCUGUAUUAGAUUAUUAUUGGAGGGACUAUGUGGGUAUAAUACCUCCCGAUGCUGUUCCCGGUGGCCGCGAUGUUAGCAAUAAAACAACAUACAUAGGUCAGGCCCAUUAUUACAAAGCUGGACUUUUGAUAGGAUCAGUUUAUCCAGGGAAACCUGAUAUAAAUAUGGCGUGUUAUGGUUACGUUAAGUCUGCAAAAGUUGGUGUGAAGAUUUUGUGUAGUAGAAAUCUGAAUUAUUUUACUUGGACACAAACUGAUCGAAAAUCGUUACAUUCAGCGAUGAUUGGAAAACAGUUAGUUUUUGGAGGUUGUAAAGAUGACAAAAUAAUAAAUAUUGGAAGGGUUGCGUAUCAAGGAGAAAUUAUUGUUGGUUCUGUAUUGGGAUAUGAAGCAGAAAAUGCGCAGUUAUGUUUUGCCCAUGAGGAUAAAGAAAUUGUUGUUAAUUCGUACGAAGUGUUAACUUACAAUAAAGCCUAGAAAUGAAUUUCUUUUA